UCUGACAAAACAUCGAUGAAGACUGAAGGAAGAGGUGAAACCGAAAAUAAAAACAAAAAGAACAAAAUUAAUGACCUCAUCUACACUAUAUGCCCAAUCCUUAGGGUUGCCAACUGUUUUGGUAUAUUCCGAUUCCGAAUAACUGAUGGAGAACUACUCCCUACUGACAGAAAAAUGAAACUUACAGGAAUUUUAAUCACGAUGACUUAUAUUACAGUUUUCUCAUUUCUGUUAAAAUUACCUGCUGACGUUGAUGAAACAAGAAACCUUUUGGAUAUAAUGGAGAAUGUGCCAUCAAUAGUAAUACUGAUUCAAUACGUCACAUCAGCAUUUGCAACCUCAUUCUUUCUAACACGUAAUAAUAUCAACAUCUUCACAGCAUUUUCAAACAUAGAUGCUACGCUGCACAUUAAUACAAAUCAAGAUUUCUACGAGAAAUCCCGAAUUAGGUGUUUCAAAUUCCUUGGAGCCUUGACAGCCUAUCAUCUAUUUGUGAGUACCAGUGAUCUUUGCACGGAUGAAGAAAUCACCAUCAAUAAACUAAUAGUGUUGCCCCUGUACUACGAAGAGAAUCUUGAAAUUCUUGUGUUCUGUUUAAUGAUCAACAUGCUUAAGUGUAGGCUUACUGUUAUCAACAAUUAUUUAACUAAAUUCAUGAAUGACAAAGAGAGUACCAGAGCUGCAGUUUUCAUCGUGGGUGAAAGAAAACCUAAUCCCGAUAAUAGUUUUAAUUUGAUCGGCCGUAUGUCAAUUAAAAACAUGAAGAUACGAGACAUGGCAGCUACGUAUGACGCUAUAGGCGAGACAUGUUUGUUAAUUAACAAGGUUUUCAACUACCAAAUCUUCAUGACUCUUGUCUCUACGUUUACUUAUAUAGUAAUUACAAUCUGGUCUUCUUUGUAUUAUUUUCGAAGUAAUGAGGCUAUUUCUGGAUCAAUGAUAACCAUCAUCAUUUGGUGUAUCACCGCGACCCUCAAAGUGGCUGUCAUGUCACUAGUUUGCGAGAGAUUGCUACUAACAAGAAAUAAAACCAAGAUCUUGGUCAAUAAAGUCAUAAUGGACUACGAUCUUCCUAAGACUAUGCGAGUACAAGCCAAAGCGUUCAUGGACUUGAUAGAGGCAUGGCCGCUUCGUGUUUUUAUUUAUGACAUGUUUUCCGUUGACAUCACAUUAAUGUUGAAAUAUAUUAGUGUAGCUACUACAUAUUUGAUUGUAAUAAUCCAAGUUUCUCACUUUGCUUAAUUGCACUUACAAUGUGACAGUUAAAUUAGUUAUUUUAAGUACUUAAAGAACAUGGUUUGUAUUUGCAUUACUGCACGUUUCAUUAAAUUUAGUGGCGACUAAAAAUAAAAAUAAAAGAUAAAAAAUA